CCUUCCACCAAUGGGGAGAUGAGAAAAAAAACAAUCUUAGCUCUGCAGAAGAGGAAAGAAUUGGUUUGCGCAUAGAUACAAUUACUACUUCCGUGUUUUUUAGAGGUGAUUUAACGGAGUAACUACUAGAUGCUGUUACCGUGACUGAGUUGUAAAAGUUGCGGCAGCGACUCACCGGGCGCUAACUUGUGGGAUUAUUUUGCAUGCAGCCCGACAGCGGAGGCUGACUGCGGUGGGAUGGGCUGUGAGGUGUUCAAGAUGGCGGCGCCCUGUGGAGUGCAGCUACUCUAACAGAGGUGCCUGGAGACUGUGUUGGUGGGUGGCCCCAGGAGUCCUCCAGGCAGGCAGGGACGGACACCAUAAGAGGACACCACCGCCAGCACUGCCGCCACCAUGGCCAGGGAGCAGCCCAAUGUGGGGGACCUCCUCCCACUCCUGGAGACCUCCGACCUCCACCAGCUCGAAGAGAUCAGAGGCCUCAUCAACGAGCAGCUCAGCACCGAGCGAGGGUCCAUGCUGCUGAACGGGCUGGUGGACUACUUUUUGGAAACAAACUCUGCACAGGCCAUGCAUAUCCUCUCCUCAGCCAGAGAACCACACGAUAAGCACCUUCUGGACAAGAUGAACGAGUGUAUGACCAAACAGGCCUGCCGGCUGCCCACCCUCACCCUGCUCGGCCACGUCAUCCGCAAGCAGCCGUCCUGGAUCCACAAGAUCGCCCGAUACCCUCUGCUCCUCUCGCUGCUCAAAUGCCUGAAGACGGAUACAGAUGUUGUGGUGCUGAUUACCGGAGUGCUGGUGCUGAUCACUCUGUUACCCAUGAUCCCUCAAGCUGGGAAACAACACCUGUGGGAGUAUUUUGACAUCUUCGGCCGCCUGGCGUCUUGGAACCUGAAGAAUCCUGGGCAUGUUUCAGAGGUUUACUUGAUCCACCUCCACGCCAGCGUCUACUCUCUCUUCCACCGUCUCUACGGCAUGUACCCGUGCAACUUUGUGUCCUACCUGCGCUCCCAUUACAGCAUGAAGGAGAACAUGGAAACCUUUGAGGAGGUAGUGAAGCCCAUGCUUGAACACGUGCGUAUUCACCCAGAACUGGUGACGGGAACGAAGGACCACGAGCUUGACCCCACCAGGUGGAAGAAGUAUGAAAUCCAUGAUAUCGUCAUCGAAUGUGCCAAAGUGUCUCUAGACCCCAAGGAGGCCUCCUGUGAGGAGGGCUACGCCACCAUGCCUGAGAACUUUUACCCCCAAAUCCACCUGCGACCACAGGACUGCACUUCCAGCCCGUACACAGACCUCCACAGCAGCUACGGUCAGAACACUUCACACUCUUCUUCGACCCCGUUCUCGACUCCGAGGCAGCCACUUCCCCCGCCACUGUCCUUGCCCCCCUUCUCAGGGACACAGUCCUCCCACCGCAGCCCACAGACCUCCAGACGGCAGAACUCCACCUGUGAACUCAACUCUUCCUGUGGGGGGAAGGACCCUCUGUGGAGCCCCUCCUCAUUGUGUGGCAUGGCCACGCCCCCUUCCUCCAGGGGCAUGUCGCCCAAUUUGGAGCUGUCCCACAGUGCCUCACACCUUCCCAGCCGCUUCCACUGCACAUCAGGAGGGAAAGGAACCCCCGCCUCCAGCACUCCAGCCACCUCCUCCCCACCUCCCACCCUGUCAGACGACUUCCCCAUCAUCUCCCUACCAGCCAACACAGUCCAGUCCAGUCCACCAAGAAAGGACCGCCGACAUGGAGAAAGCAACAAACCUGCCCUGGUGAGACAGGAGCCUGUGAAAGAUUCAGAGAGGAGUGCAGAGGCAGUUACAAACAGAGACACAGGAGCUGCCGAGAACAUCUCCAUGACUCUGACCGAGCUGUCGGUCUUUAUGAAGAAACAGGAGCUGGAGCUUCAGCUGAGAACAGAGAAAGAGAGGGAGGAGGCUGCCAUCACAGAGGAGCUGCUGAAGAUCACUGAGGAUAAGCAGGAGCUGUCGGGCCUGAGGGGGUUUGACUCCCCUUUCUAUCACACCACGGAGACGCUGACCGGCUGUCAGGCACAAGACAAGACCCUCUCCAACCACCAGUCCGGAGGCCCCGUUCAUAACACCCACCAUGUGGAAGCGACCCCUGACAAAGCUGAGAGCACUGCGAAUACCAGCGGUAUGGGGAGUGAAAGAGGAGGAGGAGGAGGAACAGGGGGGGACAGCAGGAGCUCAGCCCUCGGUCUUGAACAGUCCUGGUCCUUUCAGUCAUGUUUCACCCCCAUCGAUCACCACCUGCACCGGAGCCCCUCCGCCCCGGAAGACGACCUGGGAAAGUUUGGGAUGUUCUCCCCGAGCCCGUGCAGCAAGACCCCGGCCCCGGUGCCAUACGAGUCCUUCUUUGACCUGGCUCUCCCGAGGGCCGCCUCGCUCUUUGUGGGCCAGAAGACGUCGGAGGCGGUGCACAAGGCGGCGAUGGAGAGGUUGUCGCAGUGGGAGGAAGGGCUUGAGGACGGGGAGGAGGAAGGAGUGGUGUCUGCUUCGCCACUGGAGGUGCUGGAUCGCCUUGUUCAGCAGGGGAGCGACCACCAUGAUAAAGUGCUCAAGAGAUUACCUUUGCCAAGUAAGUCAGCUGACUGGACGCACUUUGGAGGCUCGGCUCCGCUGGACGAGCUUCACACGCUGCGCAGCCAGCUGCUCCUGCUGCACAACCAGCUGCUGUACGAGCGCUACAAGAGGGAGCAGCACGCCGUCCGCAACCGACGCCUCCUCCGACGCAUCAUCAACGCCACUGCACUGGAGGAGCAGAAUAACGCCAUGAAGGAUCAGCUGAACCUGCAGAGUGUGGACAUCGUAUCUCUGAGGGAGAGUCUGCAGGUGGAGCAGCAGCGGUACAGGCAGCUGUGGGAUGACCGGGAGACGGUGGUGACCAGGCUGCACAGUCAGAUCAGACAGCUGCAGCAGGGGCGAGACGACUACUACACCAAGAACCAGGAGCUCCAGAGUAAGCUGCAGGAGUGUCAGAAAAAGAUGGAUGAACUGGAGGCGGAGCUUCAGAGGGCCAACAACAAAGUCUGCCACACCGGUCACCUUCUCAACCAGAUGACCAUAAAGCUGAGCAACAGCGAGAGCACCCAGCAGCAGAUGAGCUUCCUGAACAAGCAGCUGCUGCUCCUCGGGGAGGCUCAUAAGCUGUCCAUGCAGGAGUUACACCACGCAGGCGCCGAUAAUACAAAGGAGGCCCAGAUGCUGAAAGUUUCUUACGGGAAAGAAGUGGAGACGCUGAGGCAGAGCCUGCUGGUGCAGGGUCAGAAACUGGAGGCAUCGCAGCAGAGAGUAGCCGAGCUGGAAACACACCUCACCAAGAAAGAACACCUCAUCGUGGAGCAGAAGAAGUUCCUUGAGGAUGUCAAAUGUCAAGCAAGGUCCGAGCUGCAGGCCUCAGACAGCAGGUAUCAGGCUCAGAGGAGAAUCUCUCAGCUGCUGCAGACUGAACUCCUGCAGCUCUACAGCAGAGUGGAGAUGGAGGCUCCAGCCGGCACGCUCUGCAGUUCACCACCAGGGGGCAGAGCUAACCAACACAGUAGUGCUGACUGCAGUGUCAUGGGGCCAGAUGGACCAAGUAAACCUAACACCAACGAGGAGGCGGACAGUAGACAACCACACAACUCCCCUCGAGGCAACGGCAGCACUUUAUCGCCAGGGCAACCGAAGGCGAGUAACUCUUCCAAGACAACAGCUAACUCCAUCAACGGCAGCCAGGACUUGGCCCCGCCCCUGCUGGUGGAGCCCUCCCCAUCCUGUCCCCACGGCAACUCGCUCACACCACAGCACCACUCUGAAGCCCCGCUCACCGUUGGUUCCUACCCCAGCGCCAAGAGCUUCCUGGGCAUGAGGGCGCGGGAGCUGUUCCGUAACAAGAGCGAGAGCCAGUGUGAUGAAGAGCAAGAGCAACCGCCACCGCGCCUGGCCGGCCUUGCACACGGCCUGAAAACUGAGCUCUGUGUGGAGCCGCCCUGCCCAGGUAUUAUCGCCCCUGUCAGCCCUGUACCUUCCCCCAUCCCCAAUCCACCCCCUCUUCAAGCUCCUGCACCUACUCCUACCCCAGCAACCCCUCUCACUGUGCCCACCAAGGAGCCCCCGUCUGAGCCUAAGCAGCGGGCCUCCAGCCAGGAAAGCCCCAGAAGAAAAACAGGGGCGGGACCAGGUGUAGGGCGGGGUCACGCAGGGUCAGGUCGUCCCAGGCAACAGCAGCUAAAGAUCAUGGACUAUAAUGAAACACAUCACGAGCACAGUUAGAGACACAGAACUGAGCUGGGAUGCAGGACUGAGACUGAGAGACUGAAGUUUAACGAUGGAGAAGAGCUACAAAUCAGAAAGAGUAACAUGUCAGCAACUCUUUGGAUUCAGUGUUAUAUGUUCCAUUCCUCUGAGUGGACAACAGGAUUUCCCCCUAGUGUUGCUCGUUAUUUUUUUUAAAUACUUAUUCAUUCCCCUGAAGAAUUGCAACAAGGUUAGAGGGAAACAAAUAGGAUGUUUUGUUACCAGUGAAUAUGCUAAACUCAUACAUGUGGUUAUGACUCAAAGAUAAGCUGACAGGAUGAGAUUGAAGUUUUCAAUCACUUACACGGGACACUGUGAAUCUGACGUUUAAAGGGCCACUUCCACUGAAAAUGUACAUUUCACUGCCAGCUGAGUUUAGCUGUAAUUUGCCCAGAUUUUGAAAAAUGCCUCUGAGAUUCAGUUUGCAGCCUUGAGAUACUACUUAUUUAAAACUGGACAUCAAGUUGUCCUCCAAAAGUGUAUCAGGUUUGUUUAAAUGUUUUGAGGUCAUUUGAGGUCAAAACCACCAGAGCCGAGUGACACAAGGAAAUUUCUUUUUUUUCUUAUUAUUUCAGUGAAAUGGCCCUUUGAAAAUGGUAGUUUUUUUUUUUUUUGUUGUUUUUUCACUUUUAAUCAGAACAGACGAAUAAAUCCACCAAAAAAGCAAGAUAAGUUACUGUCGUCACAGCCAAGUGUUGGGCAUGCUUAACGAUUGAAUGUGGACUGAAAUAUGUUUGUGAUAUCGGAGUACAUGUUGAGCGAGUGUUACAUUGAAGCAGUGGAAGUGAUUAGUACGUAGAGACGUUUCUUCUGGGAAAACGUUAGAAGUUGACAUUUGACUUUUUUGUCCAAAAUAAGUCAGGAGGAGAAUAAAAUGUGUGAAUGUGUAUGUGGGACUGACUCAGUGAUGCA